CAUGACGGGAGCCUGAGAGUUCAGCUGGAGCCUGAAAAAGAAGAUGAUUCCCCGGGACGAAACUGUCAAAUCGGCCCGCACAGACUUCUGAUCUUUGUAUAAUCUUUAUACAGCCUAGGUGGAGUCUGUCACUUUUUUUUUUACUUUUUUAUUCUUAUGUUUCAAAUGUGUUCUUGGCAAUCUGUCGAUGACAAUGUUGAAUUGUUAGGAGGUUUUUGGAUCGAAAAAGGAGGCUAGCACGGCUAAUGCUACGUCUUACAGAGACUGGGUUUCGAGAGCCGGUGAGUUCGCUCUAACCGACCUUUCGCUGUCGAUUGCGGCAGCUACCUCAGAGCCACCGCUUCGUCCGACAUCUUAAAAAGCUUCUCGGAAGGUCGCUGCAUGCAUUUUGUCCGGUGGAGUUUUGGGCAGAACGAGAGUCGCGGGAUCGGGGGAAAGUCGGGCCUGCGCGGAGGAGGAGCGGAGCAAGGCCCGUCUUUAUGAUCCAGAGAAAGCCUUUUCUAAUCCUACAUCCACCGACAGCCGCCGCUAGCUCUGCGGGCUAGCACACGUCUCCGCUAAGGAAGGGGAACCUGCAAAAAUUAAAGACUACGAAACAAGGACAAAAAAAAAAAAAUCUUUCUUUUUUUUACCGUUUCUCCCAUAUGGCUACAAUGACUGCGAAAAUAAAGGAAAUUGUCAGUCGGAACAAAAGGAGAUACCAGGAGGAUGGCUUCGACCUGGACUUAACAUAUAUCUACCCAAACAUCAUUGCUAUGGGCUUUCCAGCAGAGAGACUUGAAGGCGUGUACAGAAACAAUAUAGAUGAUGUAGUACGGUUUUUGGAUUCGAAGCAUAAAAACCAUUACAAAAUAUACAACCUCUGCGCAGAAAGACACUACGAUGCUGCCAAAUUUAACUGCAGAGUUGCACAGUACCCCUUUGAAGACCACAACCCCCCUCAGCUGGAGCUGAUUAAGCCGUUUUGCGAAGACCUGGACCAGUGGCUCAGCGAGGACGACAAUCAUGUGGCGGCCAUCCACUGUAAAGCCGGAAAAGGCCGCACCGGAGUGAUGAUCUGCGCUUAUCUCCUCCAUCGGAGAAAAUUUACGGAGGCCCAAGACGCACUUGACUUUUACGGCGAAGUUAGGACAAGGGACAAGAAGGGAGUCACGAUCCCGAGCCAGCGCCGAUACGUCCAUUACUACAACUACCUACUGAAGCAUCGACUCGACUACAAGCCGGUGGCGCUGCUAUUCCACAAAAUGGUGUUCGAAACACUCCCCAUGUUCAGCGGAGGCACCUGCAGGGACAGUACCGUUAAAAACAGGAGCGAGCCGACCCCUCAGGGCUUCAAGAAAGGGAAUUGGCAUUGGGAUCCGCAAUUUGUGGUCUACCAACUCAAAGUCAAGAUUCACACCUCAAACCCGGCUCAUACGCGACGUGAGGACAAGCACAUGAUUUUUGAAUUCCCCCAGCCGCUGCCGGUGUGCGGAGACAUCAAAGUGGAGUUCUUCCAUAAACAGAAUAAGAUGCUGAAGAAGGAUAAAAUGUUUCACUUCUGGGUGAACACGUUUUUCAUCCCCGGACCAGAUGAGAGUGGGGAGAAGCUGGAAAACGGGGCGGUGAACAAUGCAGAGAGCCAGCAGGGAGGAGCAGUGCCGGGUCAAGGCCAGCAACCGAGCGCCGAGAGCAGAGACGGCUGCAGGGAAGGGGACAGGGAAUACCUCAUCCUGACACUCACAAAGAAUGACUUGGACAAAGCCAAUAAGGAUAAGGCUAACCGCUACUUUUCUCCAAACUUCAAGGUGAAGUUGUAUUUCACAAAAACUGUGGAGGAUUCUUCAAACUCUGAGGCUAGCCCAUUCGUCACCCCGGACGUUAGCGACAAUGAGCCAGACCAUUAUCGAUACUCUGACACCACUGACUCUGAUCCAGAAAAUGAACCUUUUGAUGAAGAGCAGCACACGCAAAUCACAAAAGUGUGAACUCUUUUUAACGCAGGAAAGGAAGAAAAUGUACACCCGAGAAGAAAAAGGAAAAAAAAAGGAGAAAACUUGAAUAUAAACUCAAAAGAAGAACCUCUGUCCCUUCCCUCCCCCCCAGACGGCAAUAGAAUAUCAUCAUGUCAAAUGCCAAUUUUAGGGAAAAAAAAAAAGAUUAAUAUCUUGACCAAUAUAUUUUGUUUUAAUUUUUCCUGAUUUUUUUUUUUUUUUUUUUGGCACAGCAAUGUACCAUGUGUGAGGUAUUGACACUGUUGCCCCAAU